AAUUUCUUUGUUAGCUUGCUAGGCAUUUUGGAUAACGAGAGAGAAAGUCUGAGUCUUUGAGAGAGAGAGAGAGAGAGAGAGAUUGGUGGGGAGUAGGUGGUGGUGCUGCUGGGUUGCUGGGUUAGCGUUGAAGAACAGCGCAAUUGCAAUGGAGGUGGAUGGCAAUUCUGUGGUGGCAGGACCAACGAAUGUUGUAUAUCUGUCGACAAUCUUGGGCCGUGAUGGGUCAAAUCCUGUGCACAAAUGUGACUGGAAAUGUCAGAACGAGCACGUCUGCGCGAAUAUGUACCUCUGCAAGCUAACUGGAGCCACUCACAUCUGUGACAAAAACUGUGAUCAGAGGAUCCUGUAUGAUAACCAUAGCUCCCUUUGCCGGGCAAGCGGAAAGAUUUUCCCCCUUACACAAGUAGAGGAACAGGCUGUGAGAGGGGUCCGGAGGAAGCAUGAGUCGGAGAACUCUUCUGCGGACAGUUGCUCUUCUAAGCGCAGACGGGAUGCCCAGCUCCAUCCUUCUCCCUUCGAGCGAUCCUUCACUACUGCCAGUCUGAUCUGCAGCAAAGUUGGAGAUGGCAUGGAUAUGAGCUAGACUUAUAUAAGAUAAAUGAAAGACCUUUAUUGCUUAUCUUAAUCUUGUUCCUUUUAAACUUUUCCCCAUUUUCAUUUCGUGGAACGGAGAUGGACGAUGAACUUGAUGAGUACUUUAAGUGGCGGACCUAAUGUGUCCUACCCGUCUGUAGGAACAAUCUAUAUUUGUAGUCCUGUUUACUGCAAUUUAACUCCUCCAUAAGCUCUUGACUUUAAAAGAAUGUUCUUUAGGGGUGAUCAGGGUAUGUUUAACUGCUUAAGAAUCUUGGAUUCAA